AUGGUGGCGCUCGGCGUCCAUCUCCACCCGCCGCGCGCCGCGAGCGCCGAGAGAAAACCUGCCGUCGACGACGACAUCAGCCCCGACGUCUACUCCUACUCCUACGACUCCUACGAUUCCAGCAUCCACCACAAGAAGACCGACGCGGGCACGACCACGAACACGUCCAGCGCGAACUCCACGACGGCCGUGCUCAACGCGACGGCCGCGGUGUCGACGGCGAACGUGACGGCCGCGGUCACGGUCACGAGCGUCAACGCGACGGUCGCGACUACCGGCGGCGGCAAGUCGCACAAGAAGUCCUCGGACAGGCACUCCGGGUCGAAGGGGAAGCACUCGGACGACGACGACGACGACGACGACGGCGGCGACCCCGCGGGCCACCACUCGAAGAAGCGCUCCAAGCGCACGGCGUCGAAGGACGUCGGCGUGGUCGACGACGUCGACGGAAAAGCCGCAGUUGACGACGACCUCGCCGCCUCCGAGUCGACCAAGGGCGGCCACAAGAGCCGGUCCUCGGGCCGGUCCUCGGGCCGGUCCUCGGGCGACUCCUCCAUCGGAAAAGGGAAGUCCGACGACGUGAGCCUGCCCGCGUACCACUCACUUUUGGUCCUGACCGCGCCGCCGCAGGACGACGACUCGGACGAUUCCGACGACAUCACGCCGCCCGGCAACCACGACGCGCUGCGCUGCGACGACGGCGGCGACCCGGCCCACACGAAGGGCUCCACGUCCAAGGGCAAGAAGAGCUCCGACAAGAAGGCGUCGGGCAAGUCCAGCAGCAGCAGCAGCAAGAAGUCGCGCUCGGCCGCGGACGACGACUCCGACGACGCGACGACCAGCGCGGGCCCGGCGCCCAAGUCGCCGCCGAGCUCCGGCAGCGACAACGGCGACACGCACAAGUCAGGCCACUAG